AUGUUUGAAAGGUGCAAGCCUAUCUGGCUGCCAAUCAAGGCACAUCGCUUUGCGGCGUACCGUGCCAAGGUGCUUCAGCUUCUGCCUCAGCGCGUUCUGCAGCAGUACAUCGACUUCGAGAAGCAGGGGCAGUACUCGGCUUGCAUCAAGCUCCUGGAAUCUGCGACUCCCGGGAGCCUGAACGUGCUCAGCCCGGCCACGAUGGUCAGUGGCAAGCCGUUGCUGGUGGAGACGGUGCUGCAACUGAUAGUGGGCUACUCGGGGCUGUGCCUCAAGAAUCAGCAAGGGAGCGUGGCGGUGAAGCUCAUCACCCAGGCGGGGUUGUCAGUACCAGCAGAAACCAGUGCCUUGACUUCCAGGGCCGGACGCUUGGCGUCUACAUUCUCCGUAGAAGAGGGGUAG